AUGUCAGGGAAGCAGAAGUUGGUUUGCAGUCUGUCUAAAGCUCUUGUCAACAUGCCUGGAUGCACCUCUAUCAUCAACCUGAGCUACCAAGAUGGCAGCGAGGGGAGCAGCUCCAACCCUGCUAAGUACAACAACCAGAACUAUGGCCAGCUGAAGGACAGUCAUGUCCGCCGAGGAACCGAGUUUGUGGACAAAACCUUCCCACCUAACAACAGCUCCUUGGGAGACUUGCCCAGUUUGCCCAGCUGGCGUGAAGCUCAAGUGGAGUGGCUCCGCCCAGCUGAAAUCUUGAAAAGACAAGGCAGCAGUGAUGAGGCUGUUUUCUGCAACAAAGGAGCCUCACGGUUUGAUUUUGGUCAAGGCAGUGUGGGUAACUGCUGGUUUCUGGCUGCCAUUUCCGCCCUGACUUUCCAUAAAAGCCUGAUGGUGCAGGUUGUGCCUAUGGACCAGUCCUUCAAGGACCAUGCAGGGAUCUUUCACUUCAGGUUCUGGAGGUUCGGCCACUGGGUGGACGUGGUCAUUGAUGAUCACCUGCCAGUACUCGACAACAAAUUGCUAUCUGUCCGCUCAAAGAGUGGCAACGAGUUCUGGGUUCCUCUGCUGGAGAAAGCUUACGCAAAAGUGUGCGGUUCAUACACUGACAUGAACUCUGGCCUGCCAUCAGAGGCCUGCAAGGAUUUCAGUGGAGGCGUGAGCAUGAUGUACGAGCUUAGGGAGGUCCAUGACGCUGCCCAUGAUGAGAAGCUGUGGAUGUCACUCAGCAAUGCCACUGGCUGCAACUCAAUGGUUUGCUGUGGGACUGCCCAGAAAGGGGGUAGAUUGGUGAACACUGUAGCAAACACUGGGCUGGUGGAUGCUCAUGCCUAUUCUGUCACAGCAGUAACAGAGGUCCAGUAUUAUGGCUCCAAAGUGCAGCUGGUGCGAGUCAUGAAUCCUUGGGGCCAAACAGAGUGGAGCGGAGACUGGAGUGACAAGUCAGAGAAGUGGAAUGGAGUGACCUCAGAAGAUCGGGAAAAGUGUUUUGACCGGGAUGAUGGAGAGUUCUGGAUGACAUUGGAGGACUUCUGUCACUACUUCCUUAUGCUGUUCGUCUGCUGUGAGAACCCUAACUUUAUUGACGGAGACCUCGCCUGCCAGUGGCAGUGCAUGGUUUACGAGGGCAGCUUCUCAGGCAAAAGUGCAGGCGGAAGCUGGGCAAACUCUUCCUUUAACACAAAUCCUCAGUACCGCAUUGAAGUGACUAAAAUCGAUGAGACAGAGAAAGAAGACAAGAACAUCCUGAUUUCCCUGAUGCAGAAACCUAAGGCACAGAAUCGCAAACAGCAGAGAUCCUACCCUAUUGGAGUCACUGUCUACAAGAUUCCAGAAGGGACACCAUCAGGACGCUUGCAGCGCUCCUUCUUCGACACCAACAGGCCCAUGAAACAGACACAGUCUUACACCUACAACAGGGAACUUGUUGAACAGCACAGCCUGGUGCCCGGAGAGUAUGUGAUCAUCCCCUCCACCAUGAAGCCCUACAUGGAUGCAGAGUUUGCUCUCUCCGUCUUCACUAAAUCCGAAGCUAAGAUCACUCCCCAUGAUGAACAUGAUGAUCAUGACCAUGAAGAAGAAGAAGCCGACCACAAAGAGAAGGAGAACUUGAUCCUUCCUGAGGUACCUGGAAAGAAAGAUGAGGAUACCAAGGAUUCUGUCCAUGCCCUUUUCAAGCGCUUUGCUGAUCAGAGAGGUGAGCUGAGUACCUUUCAGCUCCGCAAAGUCCUGAAAGACCAAUUCCCUAACGGAUCCAAAUGGGGCUUUGAGUAUGAAACCUGCAGGGGCUUGAUUGCCUUGGUGGACGUUGACCAUAACAGGAGGAUGACCAUCACUGAAUUCAGGGCCCUCUGGAAGAAGAUCACCGAAUACAAGAAAGUCUUUGAUCGUGCAGAUUUGAAUAACAACGGAAGCCUGUCUGACUACGAGGUCCAGAAAGCAAUUCAGGCUUCAGGAUUGGAUACCAACGAUGCGAUGGUGAGGCUGUAUGUUUUCCGCUAUUCGGGCUAUUCCUCCACCGAUUUGGGUGGCUUCAUCAGUCUCAUGUUGCGCCUGGAGAAGAUGUCAAAUGUCUUCAAGGACAAAUCCUCAGAUGGAGUGAUCCACCUGACCUGGGAUGAG